UAUUUAAGUGCCUCCUCGUCUCACUCGACGAGACAAACAAAAGUAAGAAGCGGAAAGGGCCAGCAAGAUAGCUACUAGACAACGUCCUAAGAAUUUAUUAGUGUUUAGUAAAUUUUUGUAGCAUUAGUGCGAACAUGUCUGAUAAGAUGGAUAUGUCUUUAGACGACAUUAUCAAGCAGAGUAAAAAGGGUGGUGGAGGAAACGGUGGCGGCCGCGGAAACAGAGGAGGCCGCGGCCGAGGAGGAUCAUCUGGGCGAUCUGGAUUCGCCGGUCGGUCUGGCGGAGGCCCUGAGCGGAGUCGACAGAAUUUCAGCCGGGAAAGAAGUAGCAGACCUACGCCGUACAGCAGGCCAAGAGAGUUGCCGGACAAAUGGCAACACGACAUGUUUGAUGGCGGCGUCGGUGCCCGCACCGGCGGAGGCGGAGCAGUUGGAGGCGGCGGUACCGGUGGUGUGGAGACCGGCGGCAAGCUCCUGGUCUCAAACCUCGACUUUGGGGUCUCAGAUGCUGACAUCAAGGAGUUGUUUGCUGAGUUUGGCACACUGAAGAAAGCAGCUGUGCACUAUGAUCGUUCUGGUCGCAGUCAAGGAACUGCUGAUGUCCACUUUGAGAGAAGGGCAGAUGCACUUAAAGCCAUGAAACAAUAUAACAACGUCCCUUUGGAUGGCAGGCCCAUGAGCAUUCAACAUGUCACAUCACAAAUUGACACACAAAGACGGCCAUCUACACAGAGUCCUAGAGGGGGCGGCGGAUUCAACAGAGAUCGAAUUGGACGUCCCAACUCUGAGAGGAGACAGGGAGGCGGGGGCGGGCGUGGUGGCGGAGGGGCCAGAGGCCGGGGUAGAGGUGGGCGAGGAGGAGGUGGCAAACCAGCGCUCUCUGCUGAAGAGCUGGACGCUCAGUUGGAUGCUUACAAUGCAAAGAUGGAAACCAGUUAAACUUUUUCCAAGAUGCACACUUGUCAAGAUCUAGCCCCUGCCCUACCUAUCUGCCAUCAUUGGAUUUGAAACUAGUUGUUGUUUGUCUCAAAUGUUUUACACUUGCUGUUCUUUGAAGCCAUUUUAAUGUACAGACCUUGUUUCCCCCCAUUUUAAUAUUAUGAACACUUUUUGUACCAUUUUAUUUUGGGUAAAAUUGUAGGUUAUUGAAGGGAGUUUUUUUUGUUGGUUCUUCCCUCCCCUGAUUCUCCAUGUACUGUUUAAUUGCAAUAAACCUACAACCAAA